ACUUUGCCGUCUGUCAUAAGUCAUGUUAUGCAAGCAUCAUAUGAUGGCCAGGAGCAUGAAUGUUUUGCAGUGUGGGUGGUGUUUCAUGCGCCACAGACUUACAACUCUGCAGGUUCCCUUGGUCCACCAGAAGAGUUUGCAGCAAGGGUUGAUAUUGAAAUUGACAGCCCAGGCCCUGCAUGCAUGCUAAAAAGUAUCCAGUUAAGAGCAAGAGUUGGCUGUGCGAGGAUACAUGCCCCUAAGGACUUGCAGACUGUCCGUUUAACCUGUGUCUAUGGAUCAUCUGCCAAACAACUGCUGCCAUUAAAAAAUGCAGGAAACAUUGCUGCUCAUUUAAAAAUUAUGUGUUCAAAUGAAGAUGGUUUUUCUGUAGACCCUGAAGAUUUGUUUCUUGCACCAGGGGAAGAACAAAUAGUUGCAAUUAAAUACUUUCCACGUAAUUCAAAUACAAAACAAAGUAUCUUGAAAAUCAUGGUCCAGCCAGCAGGUCCACAGUAUGAAGUGAUGUUGGUUGGAGACAUUGAGCCUUCAGGAAACACAAAUUCUUCUGCCAUUAGUUACUCAGAUGUUCCAUCAAUUCUUUCAAACAAACAAUUCAUAGCAUGGGGAGGAGUUGGUGUUGGAAGAGCAGUACAGCAAAAAUUGAUUCUAAGGAACAUGUCAGCAGCUGCAGGCCAGCAGCUUCGUCUUAUAAUAAGGGGUCAGGACCAAGACUGCUUUCAGUUGCAAAGUAAGUUCGGUUCAGAAGAGCGUUUGACAAGCAAUCGUGAACUCACACUCCGUCCUAAAGAAGAUUCAGCUGUCCAUUUUUGAUGUUUUCUCCAACGCGUGUAGGCUGCAUGUUGGCUAAACUGGAGAUUAAACAAGCAGGAGCUAAAUCUUCACAACCAGGAAUUAAAUUUACUAUUCCACUCUCCGGCUAUGGUGGCACAAGCAAUGUAAUACUU